AUGGCAUCUCGACCACAGACAAGAUCGCCGCAGGACACUAAUAGCCAGAUCGACGACAACUUUCGUCCUUCCAGCAACCCUCAAACUUACUCGCCAGAACUCACUUCACCAACAACACCCGCUUCGGCUUACAUCCCUCCACCAUCCCCUACACCCAACCAGAAAUACUCGCUCUCGCCUCAAGAAGAAUACCAAUACUACCUUCAAGGCAAUGAAACCUCUCAACAACACCAGUAUAUGUACGACCACCAACAGCAACAAACGCUCACAGAACCAAUCCUCAACCCCUACCCAGAGCCCACACUCGUCGCUAUCAACGAAAAACCAGACCAAGGACAUCCCAGCAACCCUACCGCCGCCACCAGCCUCACCAACAGUCGCCGUCGUCGGAAAACAAUGAUCUGGAUUGGGAUCACAGUAACACUUCUUGUCAUCGGAGUCACCCUCGGUCUAGCCUUUGGCCUGAACGACAAGAACUCUAACAAGAACAGCAAUAGCGACAUUAUGUUGACCCCCGUGGACACCCCUACCAUUAUUAACACCUCCACACCCGGAAGCAGUAGCGACGCACUCAUCCUCUCCCGGUCCAUCUCUUCCAGCAGAGCACCCCAGGAAGCAAACUACCAGCUUGACGACGACUCCCGUCCCAACGCACUAGUAGCACCUUCACCUCAGCUCAUCACCGACGGAUAUGUAGCACCCUCGAUAUACACUGCAGAUUCUCAGAACAGAACACCAUCGACCAUUCGUAACCCUCACGCCCAGACAACGGAAUACUCGCCUUCGGUCAGUCAUCCUCAAGCUUACUCGCCGGCUCUCAGCUCGAACUAUAUCCCACCGCCUUCUCCAACCCCUAGCCAGUUGAACGCCUAUCCAGUGCCGGGAGGACAGUACCAGCAGAAUGUGUACCAGGACCCUUUCCAGCAGACAUAUCAUCAGACCUACCAGGACCAGCAAGCAUACCAACAGCAGCCGUACCCAGAACCAACCCUUCACCCAUACCCUGAUCCCGUGCUGGUUGACACCGUCGACGAAAAGGUCAACCAAGUAUCAUCUGUGACCAAACCCGCCAGCAACAACGGUCGCCGGAAAAAGAUCAUUUGGAUUGGAAGCAUCGUCAUCCUCAUCCUCAUCGGCGCCAUUAUCGGAAUCGUGGUCUCCAAGAACAAGGACUCGGACAACAACGGUGGUAACAGCAGCUCGGACUCUAAUUCAGGAAACGGCUCCUCAAAUUCGUCCACCACACCCACACCCACCGGCACCUCGUCGGCAAGAACCCCAAUCCCUUCGGUCUCUGUCACCAUCCCAUUAACCCCGGUAACCGUCUCAUACGCCCCCGUCACAGUCCCCACACCUACAAACGGCGGCAGCAGCGGAGGCAGUGGGACGAAAACCCCCACAGCGCCUACUUUCCCACCCCAAUACAACUGCCCGACAUUCUUCUGCGACAACUGGCGUAAGGAUUGUCAGAAUAGCCUGUGUGCACAGGAUAGUGACUUUAAGGCCUGUGCGGCCCCAUGCAACGGCGAGUUCUCUUGCACGACCCAGUGUGAGUUUCAGAACCCGUGCUAUAAGAAGUGUAAUAGUAUCUGGUGGGAUUGUCGUGUCAAUUGCGAUCCUCCUCUGUCUUGA